GCAUAGAUUUUAUCGACCAAAUAACAAGAAAAAUACCCAUUACUAACUCUUUCUUAUAAUCAAUUCCCCCAAUUUCUACAUCUCUACACACAUCAGCUCACCAAACCUUCCAUCUCUCUUGCUGAUUUGAAGCCAUGUCCGCAGUAUCGACUUCAUCGGCGCUUUUACCCAAGCACCAGUCAACCCAAUUAUCAUCCGGAUCCUCUUUAAAGAAACAUGACCAUGGAUUCACCAAAUUAUCGUUUGGAACAUCCAAAAGGACAUUCGCUAUCAAAGCAGGAUACAGUGAUGAAAGAUCGAACACUGGGAAUGCCUUUGUUGGUGGCUUUGUUCUAGGAGGAUUGCUUGUUGGCACACUUGGUUGCAUAUAUGCACCUCAGAUAAGUAAGGUGCUGGCUGGAACUGACAAAAAGGACUUGCUAAAGAAGCUGCCCAAUUUCAUUUAUGAUGAAGAAAAAGCUUUGGAGAAAACACGCAAGAAAUUGGCACAGAAGAUAGCGGAAUUGAACUCUGCUAUAGAUGAUGUAUCGUCUCAGUUGAAAUCAGAUGAUGAUGAUGAUGAGCCUACCACCACUAAUGGUGUUGUUCCUGAUGAAACACAAGCUCUUGCAUAAAAAGAUAGUAAUGUUAAAAUCUAGUGCUUUUCAUGUCCAUCUUUGUUAUCCUAGACCUUCGACACCAAAGCUUUUGAUUUUAUAACAUCGUGACAUGUUUUGUUUUCUUCUUGUGGUUGUUGGUGUUUUUGUAUGCUACAUUAUGUUUUGGUUUAUGUUUAAUGUUUAUUGCA